CUUGCGCACGCCAGUAGCCAUUAACGCGCGCCCGUAGCCUCCUUCCCUGCUUCUGCUUCCCUCGUCCUCUCGAAGCUUCAUCGCCAUGGCGGACCAGCUCAGCGACGACCAGAUUGCAGAGUUCAAGGAGGCCUUCAGCCUCUUCGACAAGGAUGGCGACGGCUGCAUCACCACCAAGGAGCUUGGAGCGGUGAUGCGUUCCCUGGGUCAGAACCCGACGGAGGCGGAGCUGCAGGACAUGAUCACGGAGGUGGACUCCGACGGCAACGGCACCGUGGACUUCCCGGAGUUCCUGGGGCUGAUGGCGCGAAAGAUGAGGGACAGCGACUCGGAGGAGGAGCUCAGGGAGGCGUUCCGCGUGUUCGACAAGGACCAGAACGGCUUCAUCUCGGCGGCGGAGCUCCGGCACGUGAUGGCCAACCUCGGGGAGAGGCUGGCCGACGCGGAGGUCGACGAGAUGGUCCGCGAGGCCGACGGCGACGGCGACGGGAGCAUCAACUACGACGAGUUCGUCAAGGUCAUGAUGGCCAAACGGAGGAGCAAGAGGACGGAGGAGAAGCCGGUGCGCGGCGGCAAGAAGAAGCCGGGGACGUCCGACGCCGGCAAGCGCCCCCAGAAAUGCGUCAUCCUGUGAAACGCAGCCUCGAUCGCCUUCUUCGCGCGUCUCGUGUUCCAUGUCCCGUUCAACCGCUCGAAGCUGGACUGCGCUGCAGGUGAAUGCAGCUGCUGUGUAACGUAUCAGACGAUCCGCAGUGUAUAAUGCUCGCUCCAGAGAAAUAACACUCCGAGACUGCAACCUCGGCGUUGCAACUUGCAUUGGUGUGA